AUGCUUAAAUUACAAUAUAAUCAAAGUAUAACAUAUCUAGUCCUUUCAGCUUCUCAAUUUUUCCAAGCUUUAACAUUUAAAUUAACAGUGAAUAUCCUUAUAUUGAUACGGUCUAUGAGGCAACAAGCCAAGAGAAGUGUUGUUAUUCAAAGAAGUAAGCGGAAAAGAAAGGUUGUUGAAAUUAUUCGAGAUUAUAUAACAAAUUGUGCUAUCUUAUAUAUGCAUGAUAGCGAUAAUUAUGUUAUGAGAGUUAGCAUAUGGGGUUCCCCUUAUUCAUAUCAGAUAAUAACAAAAAUUCCGUGUAAGAAUUUACCAGAUUAUAGGAAAGAAACAUUAAAAGAUUUUACCCCAUUUAAUUAUACGAUUCCUGUUAAAAAAGAUGUUAUAAUAAAACCGAUUAAUAUUCUACCUAAUAAAUUCAAAUACAUUGGACUACCAUCUAUGGGGACCUCUCAGGGUUUCGAUAGUAUUUACUUAUAA